AUGGGUGAUUACUCGAAAGCACUUGAAUAUUCCAAAAAAGACUUGGAAAUCACAAAACAAGCUCUACCUCCGAAUCAUCCUGAUUUGGCUUAUCCAUACAAAUGGUUUGGAAAGAUUUAUCGCAGUAUGAAAGAUUAUCCAAGAGCACUUGAGAAUUUCGAAAAGUGUCUCUCAAUACGUCAAAAAGCUUUAUCUGAAAAUCAUCCAGAUAAAGCUACUACAUAUAGUGACAUUGGUGAUGUUCAUCGAUUAAUGGGAGAUUAUGAAAAGGCAUUGUUAUUUCAUAGAAAAGCAUUAAAUAUUCAAGAAAAUGUUCAAUGUAAUCCUCUCGAAUGUGCAUUAACAUAUAUCAAUUUAGGUGAAACUUAUCGAGAAAUGAAAGAUUAUACAAGAGCAUUGACAUAUUUUCAAAAAGGAUUAGAAAUACGUCAGAAGAAAUUACCAAAAGAUCAUCCUGAUUUAGCUGUUGUAUAUCACAAUAUGGCAAAAUUAUAUUUAUCAACUCGUCAAUAUAGUAUGGCAAUGAAAAAUAUUCAACAAACAAUAGAAAUUGCACAAGAAAAAUUACCUUCAACUCAUCCUCAUCUUUCAGACUAUAAAGAAACAUUUGAAAAAAUUCGAAAGAAAAUGUAA